CAGUGCUAGUCGGCGCAAAGCUGUCUCGGUCGACGGGAAACGUGGCGAGACGAUAGAGGGAUCAGAUUUUUGUAAAGAAAUUGAUUUCGAAGCGGAAUCCGCUUGAAACAGUUCGAAAAGAAGCGUGAGAAAAAAAUAUUAAUAAAAAAAAAAAAAAUAGAGUACGAGAAAAUAGAAAAAAAGAAUUUUUGGAUAAACAAUUUUUUAACAUAGAUAUUAUGUAAAUUAUUACGAAUAUUAUGCGAUCGUGGCUAAAGAGCGUUAAAAGCAUCGGCUCCACCGAUCGAAUCCCACCGCUGUCACCAAAGUGAAAUGUAGAGUCGCAACGGUUACGAAAAUCCAUGUGCGCGCGGCAUGGCAAUCAUGCAAUCGUGUUGUUGCUGGCGAUCCGUACGCAGAGGAAGUAUCGCCUGCGCUAUUUACACAGGAUUGUACUUUGCGCUGACGACAGUAAUGACGACGAAGCUGCUUGAUCAAGAACGUCAAUACCUGGCAGGAAAUCUGUCGGCGCCGCAAUCCGCGAGUUUCCUUGAGCCAGAGACCAUUUCACCGACGACCGUCAGGUUCAACAUAGUAAUACUUUCCUGCUCGAGUUGCGGUGUCUUAUCUUCAAUCCUCCUUCUGUACGGAUUAUUCAAGGACCAACGCGCGCUUCUCAUACCGUGGAUUUUUACGGUUAUAACGUUCAGUGUAGUUGACAUUACCCAUUCCAUGUACGUGUGCUUUAUGAACUUGGUACCCUUCAACCCCAUCACCGCAAUGCUGUUCACCCUCGACUUUUUCGUAGUCUGUCUCAACGUAUACUCGUUGCUCUGCGUUAUUUCCCAGUAUCAGGAAUACGUUGCCGGCCGAGGAACAGCCGCCGACGAUUGUGAAUACAGGGUACCAGCCGUGAGAUACGCGGUUCAACCAACGACGACGGCGACUUCCUGCCUUAGCUCGCGAAGGGCGCCGACGAACAACGAGACCAGAGCCACUGCCACCCCUACACAGAGUCCUACAGCGGUUCCGGCGAUCCUGGCGAACGAGAAGAGUCCUGUGGCGUGCAAACCGGGGCGGAAACACGUUCAAUUUCCAGAUACGCCGACGGCUAGCCAAGGAGAGAAGUCAGAGAUCGGGACAAAAGAUGCAGUAUCGACUUGGAACCCCGCGGUUGUCGUCGAAUUAGGCAAAACCCCGGCGGUCGUGGACACGGCGCCGCUGUUAUCCUCGUCAACGAGGCAACAGCAACAGCAACAGCAACAGCAAGGCGAAGCUGUGAAGACGACGAGUGACGGUGUUCGAACGAUCCCGACCUAAUCCCCCAUUUCCUCAAGGUGUAUGAUUACAUAGCCCGGCGAAAGUUAACUCUAUUAUGAAUUUUCUAUAUAUUUUCGAAAAUUCUUCGUUAUAUGUAUUAUAUUAUAUACAUAAUGUAUACGUACGGUAUACAAUUUGUUACGCAUACAUUGUACAUACGUGUCAUUAUAAUUAUACCUGUAAAGUCGACUUCAGCUGGGUGCAAGUUUCGCUCUGUACUGUCGGAAUCACGCGAGGGACCCUUGGCAGAUUUUUUUUCUGCAGACCAACAUUUUCUAACGGCACAGAAAUUUACAUGGAAUCGAUGACAAGCCUUCGAAUAAAUUCACACCUUCAGCAACGACAUUCGUACUUCUAUAUAGGUUGCUCAACGUCUAUAUAUACUUAAUUAGCCCAUCUAACGAGAUGAAUUAUUCCUGCGAUGUAUUGAUCUAGGAAACGUGAAUAUCUAUAAUACGUACAACAUAAAUUCUCCCCUGAUUAUAAAAUACCCUUAGGUUCAGGUACGUUUAUAGAAUAAUUAUGAAUGUGACGACAAACGGCACUUACGUGUGUAUAUAACAAAUUUAUAAUCCACCUAUUACCAAAAACAAAUACAUCGGUUUAUACAUUAAUUUCAAAUAUAUUUAUAACGUCUAGUACUUGUUUUAUGUAAAUAAAAUAUACAUACGAUAUACAUAGAUAUAAAUUAAUAAAUAUAAUAAUAUACUUGAACGUAUAUUACAUCU